UCACAUAUGGCCUCAAAGAGACGUCCAAUUGAGAUUCAAAGUCAUCGCCAUAACUAAUGGAUUUUCGCUUUUAGUCUUGAUAUCAGCGACAAUAACGUCUUUUGUACAAGCGGCUUCCUUGUAAAAUAAUGUAAAGAUAUGUUAAUUUUCGAAACGACGUCUACGUCAUCCGUUGUCACCAGAUUUCACGCUGUUUGCGUAACAACUUAUAUCAUAUAAUCGAUAAAUCGGCAUUAGUGGCGUAAACAACGGGCAACGUAGCGGAUUAUGUCAACGAUGUCAAUUAAUGGAGAUAAAAGAAUCGAAACGAAAUUAAACAUAUCUCAAUUAUCCGUAUGCAAAUUAUUUUCGAUGCAAAUGAAAAGUGCCAUUAAAUCUACUAAGAGGCAGCCUUCUCCUCGUUUUAAAAGAAUAUCUCAAGGAGAAGAGUCAUUUUCGCCGUCCAUAGAAGAAGAAAAAGGAGCACAUUUCAUAAAAAGCAACGAAAGAUACAGAUUUGGCCUCAUUCUCAAAAUACUAGGGGUUUGGGGUGUUAUUGUUCUUUGUAUCACUACUUGGACCAAGGAUACGUCUUCGGCUAUAGAAGAUUCUUCCACUAUCGAAGCCGUGUACGGCGAUUCACCUAAAGUAUCCAUAUUAAUUGGAAUACUUCUUAUGAUACUAGGAAUUUUCUCGUUUUUCAUCGAUUUUGGAAAUAGCAUCGAUUAUCGAUUGAUCGGAGGAGUUUUAUUGACAACUUUAAUCCUUUCGCUGGUGGCUCUCAGCUUGGCUUUAAGUGACGAAAAUGAGUUAACAAAAGCGCUCCAAGAAGAUAUGUGGCAUAAAAACAAAACUGGUUCAGACUUCGAGGAAGUCGACUGUCCAAAUAUAACUGCAGACAACACGGAAUAUUCCAAAGAAAUUUUGGAUCUUUAUGAAGAACUGGGAUGUGGAAAUGCCACUGAAAUACCAGCUAUCGACAACGAUAAUGCCGUGGCAAUGGAAAAAACAAAUAAGUCUACUUUAAAUGAUUUAUUGAAAAAAAUGCAAGCACGAGUAAAGAGAAAGGCUUCUAAACCCCGCACAUUUUCUGGUAUAAGAUCAUCGUCGUUUUUUAGAUCUUCGUAUCGAAAAUAUCAAUUUAAUUCGGGCUACAAAUAUUCGAGGCUGGGAGAUUCUAAAGGUCAAAUGUAUGCGUACAAAUAUAACGGUCGUUAUUAUUACAGAAAUGGAGCUCACGGAAAUAUAAUAUUUUCAACAAGAAUACUUAAAGCAGGUUCCUAUCGAUACCUAACGAGAGACUCAGCAGAAACCUUAAAAUCUAAAUUGAAGAUAAUUGCUUUUAUCUCUGUAAUUGCAAUUAUACUCGAGAGUGCCGGACUGGUUUCUUACUUUAAAAGUGAUUAUAUCAAACUUAAUCGAGUGGAAAUACUGUAAUUAAUUUCGUUUGCAGAAAUUGUUGCUUAUUAUUGUUUUUUAAAAUUAUAUAUAUUAAUUAUCUAAUUUAUUUUUAUUUCUUUUAUUUGAUCAAAAUUAUAAAAAAUAAUUAAUUUAUUAUAUUUCUGAAUAUAAACCUCUCGAAUCUACGUAAUUAGCACCUUUUAAAUAUCAAGACAGAAGGUUAAAAUUUUCGGGACAUAUCAAAUUUAGAUGACAAUGCAUUUUAUUAUUGUCAUACGGUGGCUCCAUGUCCACCAUAUUCCCCACUCUGAAACACAAUAAA